AUGUCCCUCACCACAUCGGGCAAAAAUGCCUCUUCCAGCACAAAAUCUACCGCCAGGUCACCCAUCAUAGUCCGGCCAGCGCGUCUCACAGACGGCUACAGAAUGGGCUGGAUCGCCGCCGUGACAUACAACAACACGUCUCUGACGGACAUGCUUGCGCCGCAUCGGCACCAGUAUUUUGAGCACUACGUACGGGGAUUCCAGCAGCGCGCCACGGCGAGGACGUUUGAUGCGCGGCAUAUGGGGUACGUCGCGGUAGAGGCGUCGAAUCCGUCGGUGGUGGUUGGGUAUGCGCAUUUCGUCCGUUUGGGCGAUGACGAGGGCGCGAAGAGGCAGAUUGCCAGUCGGAAUGCCCUAUUGCUGUGGGUUCUGGGGUGGUUGUUUUCGGUCUAUUGCAAAGUGUUCGGCUUGUUUGUUGGGGGGGAUAAGUCGGCGGAUUUGGAUGCUAUAAAGUGGUUUGAAAACGUCGGGAAGGCGGAUGAGGAGAAGCAUUUCCAAUCUCAUCCCGAGAGGGUGAAUAGGUGGCAUACGCAGAGUUGUGUUGUGCUUAAGGAGUUUCAGGGGAGGGGCGCGGGGAAGUUGUUGAUGGGGCAGGUUGUUAAGAGGGCGGAGGCUGAAGGGGUCCCGGUGGGACUGGAAGCUAGUAUGGAGGGAGAGCGCUUGUAUAGGAGUGUCGGGUUUAAGGUGUUGUCUAGGUUUAGCCUGGUGCUUUCUGAGGCGGACAGGGAUACUGGUGGGUUUAUGUUAUGGAGUCCUUCGGCAUGGGAAAAUAAGUAG